CACCACACCACCCACGCCUCCACGAUGCCGCGCUCCUCAAGAUACAGCAUCGCCCCGACCCCGCAGGAGUCGCCCAUGAAAGUGCCGCUCAACGACGACCGCCAGGAGAAAGCAAAGCGCCGCCAUGCCCACCGCAAGUCGUUUGGCGCAAACUCGACGCCCGGCCGCAGAGGCGCCUCGCUCGCAGCCGGCCAGCUCAACCCCCUCACGCCCUCCAACGACGAUGAGGCCAUGCCCGAUGUCGCCGGCGCCGCCGUCACCCCCUUGACGCGCGUGAUGCCGCUGCUCGCCAACUUCGAGGAGUGGAUGAAGAUGGCCACAGAUAACAAAAUAAACGCAAACAACUCGUGGAACUUUGCCCUCAUCGACUACUUCCACGAAAUGUCGCUCCUGCGCGAGGGCGACACGGUCAACUUCCAAAAGGCCAGCUGCACCCUCGACGGCUGCGUCAAGAUAUACACGAGCCGCGUCGACAGCGUCGCCACCGACACGGGCAAGCUGCUCAGCGGUCUUGCCGAGAACGCCAACAAGAAGCGCCGCGGUGCCGCUGACGACGACGAAGAUGGCCAGGACGACGACGCCGACGAGGGAGAGGACGGCCAGCCCAGGCGCAAGAAGAGGGCCGCCCGCUCGGCCGGAGCCACCCUCGUCUCCGACUUCGACCAGCUGCAGAACAAGAAGAUGGAACUCGAAUUCUCCGUAGAUCCCCUGUUCAAAAAGGCGUCCGCCGACUUCGACGAGGGCGGCGCAAAGGGACUGCUCCUGAACCACCUGGCCAUCGACUCGCUGGGGAGGAUCGUCUUUGACAGCAGCGACGAUGCGAACGACGCGACCGCAGAGGACACGCGAACCACCCCGGCGCCUGAAGACGACACAAAACCGGAUGAUGAAUCCUCGCCAACUCACAUCGACAUAGACAUUGGCCGACUUGCAGCAAAGUAUUUCCCGCAUCUCUCACUCCUGGAUGAACAGGACGUGUGCCCUUCCAUGAAGACAUUCGAUUUGGGCGACGCCAACGGCUCGAUAGAUCUGCCCUUUCUCAAAGCCCCCGAAGACUGGCGACAAGACCGCAACAACGACGAGGACGACGAAGCUGGAAACCGCUCCGGUGUGUUUCUCGACGACGCCAACGCAAUGGGUUUCGACGAUGACGAUGACGAUGAUAUCAACAUGGGCGGCUUUGACCUGCCCCCUGAGACUGGCUUUGGCGAAGGCGGAGAAGUCUGGGCCCGGGAAGCUGCUCGUGACCCACAGGCCCGAGUCCAUACGAUUGGUGACGAGGGAGACGACGAGGCUGAAGGGAUCGGCGCAACUAUGGGAGCAGAGGACGGCCAAUACGAUCUUUCCAUGAACCACGGCCGUGGUCAGGAGCAAGAGAACAUCCUGAGCUAUUUUGAUCAGGCACUGAAAAAAAACUGGGCAGGCCCCGAGCACUGGCGAAUUCAGCGUGUCAAAGACGCUGGCAAGGCAGCACCCGUGACCAAGCGGAAAGAAAAGGAGCCGUUCGAAAUAGACUUCGCAGCCCCCAUGUCUCAGACUACAGCAGAUAUGUUGUACACGUCUGCGACCUCAAAUUCUACCAUCUCGCUACCAAAAGCUCAAUGGACAUCAAAGACUCGAAACUUACUACCUGAGGACCGAAAUUACAACUCAAGGCAGCUGCUGCGAUUGUUCCUAAAACCCAAAAAUCGCAUGGAAGCCCGGAGAGUAGGCCGACGGGCACAGCCACAGCCCACCGAACCAGCUAAUGGCGAAGUCGACGAAGCCUACUGGGCAAAACACAACCAAGAUGCGCUCGUAAACGAAGAUGGGGCAGUGCAAGGCAAUUACGACGCCAACUUCUUCCAGGACGACGGCUUGCCCCUACCCGGCGGAGGUGUCGACGACGACGAUAGUUUUGCAAACGCGCACGACCAAUUCUCACCACCGCUCACACAAGAUGUCCCCGGACUCAUGCGGCCAAUGGAAGAUGACGUAGUGCCAGGUUCCCAAGCCGACGCAUUUGGUGCACAGCUGGUUACUCAGAGUAGAAGAUUCCGGCCUGAAUAUGUUCAGUACGCCCGCGUGGCAAAGAAGGUAGAUGUCAAGCGGCUCAAGGACGAAUUGUGGAACGGUAUCGGGUUUGAAGAUAUCAUCGCCCCACCCCAGUCUGCGGCUCUCGACGACCCUGCCACAAAAGCAGUCGACGGCUCCCUCACUUUUACACAAGUCGUCAAUAACUUGCAAACGGUGUACCCAGAGAAGGCUUUGGCUGAUAUCUCGACGAGUUACUGUUUCAUCUGUCUACUGCAUUUGGCUAAUGAGAAAGGGUUGGUCAUCGACAAUCAGGAGGGCUUGGAAAACCUCACUAUCCGGAGGGAUUUUACGGCAGAUCUGAGUGUUGGGGGAGAUUAGGUCAUGUGUGAUAGCCAUGAAGCUGUUUCAGAGGAGAUGAUGGGUAACGGAUAUUGGCGAACAUUUGGAAUGAUCAACGAAUGACGAAGACUCAUCCUGGCUGCCAGAAUCUUUGCGUUGAAAAUAAAGCGUGCUGUAGUGGAUGAAGCUAGAGUCCAGUCGUAAGCAAGCUCUGAGACUGCACAGCAAGAGUCACGGCAGAACAAAGUGUAGGGCACGCAAGUGCAAAGUAAACUCAGACGCAUUGGUAUCCGCUUCAACUACACUCGCAACGCAGCUCAGUCCCCUGUAUGCCAUGUCCCAUGUAUAACGCCAUGCCAGAU